GUCAUCUCAAAUGUAGAAGAAUCUUUUUGUUUUCCAUUGAGUCAAAGUGCGAAACGAAGACACGAACGCUUUCAAUGACGGCGCGAUUCUCAUAAUCUCAUGCCGAACACCCUCAAUAGUGAUUUCGAAAGAGCUUCAUAGAUAGCUUCGAAUUAGCUUUCACACUCCAUCCACUGAAAGCUCGAAUUUCCAUUGUUGAACCCUGCACGCCACGCUUUUGGCCCGUCAAACGAAGCUUUUCGGUCGCGAUUUCAGAACAGAACCUGUCUUCUACAACGCCGACACAAGGGCUUCGAGAUACAGGACAUUCAUCUUGUUGGAGAACAAUUGUUGUUGUUGAUCUUGAGCAUUUAUCAACAAAAGAUCUCUUUCGCCAAGCUAUUUUCAUUGAGGUGGUUGGGCGCGUAAUCGCCAGCACAUAAUUCCGACGCAUCGCAAAUUUGCGAUCGCAUGCUAUAAUCACUGAUGGCGGCGCAUCAUCCAUCACCCCCAGCGGGCAUGCAAUUGCAUCAUUCUGCUCACAACGGUCCAGCUCCCUCUGGAAUGGCUCAACAGCAACCAAAUUGGCCGGCUCCUGCGCCAACGCCAAUGCAACAGCUAGCUACCAUAAAUGAGGCGGUAUGGCUUCAAAUGGGAAGUCUAGCAGAGCUCUUAGGCAACAAUGAUGAGGCUCUGGCCGCGUAUGAACAUGUACUUCGCACGAACUCAAGAUCCAUACCCGCGAUGAAUGCCAUUAGUUCUAUCCUUCGCGCACAAGAAAACUUCGCCAAGGCGGUUGAAUAUCUACAAAGCAUCCUCAAACUCGAUGGGAAUAAUGGAGAUGUUUGGGGUAGUCUUGGACACUGCUUUUUAAUGAUGGAUGAUUUACAACAAGCAUAUUCAGCUUAUCAACAAGCUUUAUAUCAUCUCCGGGAUCCAAAGGAGCCUAAACUUUGGUAUGGUAUCGGAAUACUAUAUGAUAGAUAUGGUUCUCUUGAACACGCCGAGGAAGCAUUUUCGCAAGUUAUGAGAAUGCAGCCAGAUUUCGAAAAGGCCAAUGAAAUUUAUUUCCGCCUAGGUAUAAUAUACAAACAACAGCAAAAAUAUCAACAGAGUCUGGAAUGUUUCCGAUACAUUGUUAGUGUGCCACCAACUCCAUUGACAGAAGAGGAUAUUUGGUUCCAGAUUGGACAUGUUCACGAGCAACAAAAAGAUUACGAUAAUGCCAAAAUUGCCUAUAAGCGUGUUCUCGAUCGGGAUCCAAAACAUGCAAAGGUCCUUCAGCAACUUGGAUGGCUGCAUCACCAACAGAGUACCAGUUUCCAAAGUCAAGAGCAGGCCAUUGAGUACUUGGAACAAUCUGUCGGUUCCGAUCAAAGCGAUGCACAGAGUUGGUACCUCCUCGGUCGGUGCUACAUGUCACAACAGAAGUACCCCAAGGCAUACGAGGCCUAUCAGCAAGCUGUUUAUCGAGACGGACGGAAUCCAACUUUCUGGUGCUCGAUUGGCGUUUUGUAUUACCAAAUUAAUCAGUACCGAGAUGCGCUUGAUGCAUAUUCCCGCGCGAUACGCUUGAACCCGUACAUCUCCGAGGUCUGGUACGACUUGGGUACUCUGUAUGAAUCAUGUAACAACCAGAUCAACGACGCUUUGGAUGCUUAUCAACGUGCUGCUGAACUUGAUCCUAACAAUGUUCAUAUCAAAGCUCGUCUACAAUUAUUGCGAAGUGGGCAAGCCAACGGUAUGCCAGGUCAGGCAACUGCUCCUCUGCCACAAGAUGUACAUCCUCAAGCUUAUCAAGCCACUGGUGCCGUUGGCCCUCCUGGGCCUCAAUGGGGAAAUCCUGCUCCUCAAGCGCAAGCCCAAGGUCCACCUGCAGCUAAUGGAUGGGGAAGUAGACUUGCUGAAAUUAAUCCUCCUUCUCAGCCACCAAACCCUUUUGAUCAACGAGGAGCUGAUCGCGGUCCAAUUCCACCUACACAGCGUGUACCAAGUCCUAGACAAGAUCAGCAAAUGAGACCAUAUCCUGGUACCGAUGCGCGUCAACAACUUCCACCUCGUCCUCGUUCCCCACAACGAGCUCCCAUAGAGAUGAGAGACCCGAGAGACCCCAGAGAUCCUAGAGAUAUAAGGGACCCAAGAGACCCUAGAGAUCUAAGAGAUCCUAGGGACCCCAGAGAUCCAAGGGACCCAAGAGAGCAAAGGGACCCAAGGGAUCCUAGAGAAUUCAAAACGGAAUUCAAAGAUCCUCGUGUCGACCCUCGUGCCGCGGAGCUUCAGCCUCGUGAUCCCAGAGAUCUGAGGGAUCCUCGGGAUCCUAGAGAUCAAAGGGAUCCAAGGGACCCAAGAGAUCCAAGGGACCAGAGAGAACCCCGUGAUCCAAGAGACUCCCGUGACCACCACCCUCUAGGUCCUUACCCAGGUCCUGGAGCAGGAGCAGCAUCGGGAGCACAGCCACCUCCACCUGCUCAUGCACAACAAUCACAAGGACCUCCUUCUCAGCCACAAAGAGUUGCGAACACAAACUACGCUCCUCCACCUUCGGGUCCUCCAUCCGUACUACCACCAGCUCAAAAUGGAAUGAAUGGUGCUGGCCCUGUUCCUUUGCCAUCGUUUGGCCGUAACAGUCCUCGACCAGAUGUUCGGCCAAUAAUGAGUGCAACAAUGCCAUCUCCCAAGACUCCCUAUUCCAAUCAACCACCAUAUGCUCAUCAUACCGAAAUCCCCGAAAGAAGCGUGAUUGAGGGAGGCGCCUCAGCCCCAACAUCUGCCUUGUCUGCGGUAGAUGCCCCAUCUUCAGAUCGUGGUGAUAACAGACCACCAUCUGUAGGUCCAAAGCGAAUGCGUGAAUGGGAGGAUGAACCCGCAGUGAAGAAGCCAGCUUCUGAUGAAAAUCGUGCACGACUAGAAGACAUGCACCACCGCAGGCCUUCUACACCACCAAGUGACCGAGCACAAUUUCAUCGUAGCACAUCUGAAGCUCGUCGCGCCGAAGACCAAAGAAGGAUUGAAGAACAACGCCUUGCUGAAGAGCAGCAAAGGCAAGCAGAGAAUCAAAGGAGAGUUGAAGACCAGCGCCGUGCAGCUGAAACACGUGCCGCUGAACAACGUCGUGCGAACGAGAACUAUCACCCCUCAGAGGCUGCGCAUCAUCCACCAACUCACGGCAUGCAAAGCCAUCCAGCAAUGCAGCAAGAUUCGCGUCCACCACCUCAUACAUACGAAGUUGGACCACCUCCUGCUCUUCCUCGGCAGGCUACUCCAAUCAAAGAGGCUUCAAUAGAUGAGCGCGAUCGUCAACAAGUACCGGUAGCACAACCAUCACUAGCUCAGCGCAUGGAGCAAGCCCCUUCAACUCCCGCACAGCCAACACCGGCUGCCAGUGAACCAGAACGUGCAGCACGAAAAAUGGAUGUAGACGAAAAUUACGAUGAUGAUGGAGAAGAAGACAAAAAGGGAGGAAUUAUUUCCGCUCAACCAUCUGGGCCUCCAUCCGUGAGUGGUGAUCCAAAAAUCACUAGCCCAACAGGCGUUAAUGGGCAUGCUGCAAACGGAUUAUCCAAUGGGCAACCAAAGAUCGAGACGAAUCUUUGAGAGUAAUUUCCAAAUUAUGCCUUAUGGUUCUCCAGUGGACAUCACCCAUUUGGUGAACGCCCUCAACUUGAGCACAUUACAUAGGUCAGGAGGCCUGUCGAGUAAAUUUGCAAUGAGCGUGAAUUGUGCCUACCUCCAACCUGGACAGUUGCCACUACCUAAUGGAAAGGUUGACAAAUAUUUACUUCAUUUUCUUUUCUUGUUAUUUUUUUCACAAUUUGAGGUGGAGCGGUAGGAGAUUUGAGAUUUGACAUGAUAUGGUGGUGGUGGUGGUGAUGGUGGGGAAAAUUAUUUUGAGCUUGCUUUGUUUGGCCUAGCUUCUUUUCUGUUCCUGUUUAUGAUUUGAUAGUUAAGGUUAGUUAAAGAAAGGAACGUACUUGGGUGAGAAAAAGAGGAUCUCGGAUAUUCAUCUCAUCAAUGUUUGGGUGGACGGGUGGGAAUGGACAUUGUCAUAUCGCUAUUGGCGAUGCAUGAGGAUUUGUUUCCCGGAAAUCGUGGAGGGCGGGAAGACAAAGUGGACGGAUGGAUGACUUGGGAGCCGAUGGCCUCUCGGUGAAUAAACACAUGGGAUACGGAUGGAUGGAGGGGUGUAGGGAUGGGACAUCUCGAUUUCUUUUGUAGCUAGUAUUUCCACGUGUGUAUGUAUGCAUGUGUGUGUGUGUGUGUGGUGGUGGUGUGUACAGUGGUUGAUUGAUAUGACAUGGAAAUGGAAUCGAACGUGUGUUGAAAGUUUA